AAUAAUUAUGGUAGUAUCGUUGAUACCUGUGAACUAAGUGAUGAUUUUAAUCAGUCGGAUAUACGUGAAACUCAAAAAGACAUAUUAACAGUUGUUGAGGAACUAUCUUAUUUGGAUGUAUUGGAAGAUAAAUUUGACUAG